GCUCCCGCCGCUACUCACCCGGCAGAGCGCAAGGGUUUGGCUGGGGCUUCCAGCCCUGAGCGCGACACCGACGGCCCCGGACCGCGCCCGCCUCCAAGCAGGCUGAGGGCUUCCGCUCUCGGCUUCCAGAAAAGUUUGGAGAAAGUGAAUGUGAGGUGGAUUUGAGAUUGGUAGCAGCUCCCCAGCCUUCUUUCCCCAGAAGCCUCACUCUGCACAGCCUCCCUGAUUGUUCCGGUCUUCAUUCUGCAUCUCCUUGACCCCCUCCUCUCUCUCCUGGGUCCCCUCUCCGCACUGGGAUUGGCGAUCCCAGCCACAUUUUUUCCUUCUCUAUCUCAUCCUCCCUCCUCCUCUCUAUCCCUGUCCUCUGAACGAUUUCCACCUGUGUGCAAGCCUUCUCCCUGUCGUUCUCACAUUUCUCUUUCUCUCCACCUUCAACCUUUUCCUUGCCACUCCAUUUUAUCCACCAAACCUCUCCACUUGCAUCCACACCCUCCCUCCAUCCUUCCCCCCUCACCCCCAGCAGACCUUGCCCAUGGAUUCUGGGCCUCUGCUUAAUGCCAACCCCACCCCUGGGGGCACCCUUUCUGUCACCAAUGCCACAACACCCUGGCUGGGCCGGGAUGAGGAGGUGGCCAAGGUGGAAAUCGGAGUCCUGGCCACUGUCCUGGUGCUGGCCACCGGGGGCAACCUGGCUGUGCUGCUAACCCUGGGCCAGCUGGGCCGCAAGCGCUCCCGCAUGCACCUGUUCGUGCUGCACCUAGCCCUGACAGACCUGGCGGUGGCGCUCUUCCAGGUCCUGCCCCAGCUGCUGUGGGACAUCACCUUCCGCUUCCAGGGCCCUGACCUCCUGUGCCGGGCUGUCAAGUACCUGCAGGUGCUCAGCAUGUUCGCCUCCACCUACAUGCUGCUGGCCAUGACGCUGGACCGCUACCUGGCUGUCUGUCACCCCCUGCGCAGCCUCCAGCAGCCCAGCCAGUCCACCUAUCCGCUCAUCGCUGCUCCCUGGCUGCUGGCCGCCAUCCUCAGCCUCCCUCAGGUCUUCAUUUUUUCCCUGAAGGAGGUGACCCAGGGCUCGGGGGUGCUGGACUGCUGGGCAGACUUCCGCUUCCCUUGGGGGCCACGGGUCUACCUCACCUGGACCACUCUGGCUAUCUUCGUCCUGCCAGUGGCCAUACUCACGGCCUGCUACAGCCUCAUUUGCCACGAGAUCUGUAAAAACCUCAAAGUCAAGACACAGGCCCGGCGGGUAGGAGGAGGGAGCUGGAGACGCUCACCUUCAGCCCCAGUUGCUGCCACUCGGGGGCUGCCAUCCCGGGUCAGCAGCAUCAGCACCAUCUCACGGGCCAAGAUCCGAACAGUGAAGAUGACCUUUGUCAUCGUGCUGGCCUACAUCGCUUGCUGGGCUCCCUUCUUCAGUGUCCAGAUGUGGUCCGUGUGGGACGAGAAUGCCUUUCAUGAAGAUUCCACCAAUGUGGCUUCCACCAUCUCCAUGCUUUUGGGCAACCUCAGCAGCUGCUGUAACCCCUGGAUCUACAUGGGCUUCAACAGCCACCUGCUACCGUGGCCCCUGCGUCACCUUGCCUGCUGUGGGGGUCCCCAGCCCCGGAUGCUCCGGCGGCUCUCCAACGGGAGCCUCUCGAGCCGCCACACCACGCUGCUGACCCGCUCCAGCUGCCCCGCCACUCUCAGCCUCAGCCUCAGCCUAACCCUCAGUGGGAAAUCCAGACCCGAACAGUCAUCAAGGGACUUGGAGCCAGCAGAUGGGGAAGCCACCGCUGAGACUGACAUCUUUUAGAAAAGACUCCCUGGGAUCUGGCACUGCCCGGGACUACUGGAGGUUAUCUGCCCACCUCGGGCACUGGGCAUGAAAGCUAGGAGGGUCAGGAUUGGAGUUAAGGGAGCCCUGUCUGAAGCGGGGUGAAAAGGCCAGAAUGGGCCCCCUACCCUGGUGCCACAGCUGUCCUUAGUUUGAGGACUGCUUCAUAAGCUCCCAAUCUCAGAUGCUGGUGGCCAGGGAGAAUCAAACUCUCUGUCUCCUGGUCCUGCCAUAUUCACAGGUGUCCAUGCGCACAGUGUCCCAGAUCUGGGCAGGCCUAGGAUGGUGAUGGCUAGGGGUCCACGGGUGGCAGGAACCCAGAGGCUGGCCUUGUGCCCUGGCUGCCUGUCCCCAUUCU